UUUCUUUUCCAUUUAUUCUUAUUGGACAAUAACGAUAGAGAGAAAAAGAAAGUUGUCAAAUGUUAUUAAAAAAUUAUUUUACAAAUAUCUUUUCUCGUAAAAAAUACAUGAACUUGCAUUCUCUGUUCACAUUCAAAGAUUACUACAGGCAGGAUAGUAAUCUCAAAUAGUUGCAACUGCAUUUGAUUUGCUCGUUCGUUCUGUCAAUGGUGAUGGCGAAAUCUUUGACAAUUGCAAAAGUAAGUAACCACAUACCUGAAGAUCUUGCAUUCUCUGUUCUUUAUAAACUUCCAUUGAAAUCUUUGAAGCGAUUUGGAUGUGUAAGCAAAACAUGGUCUCUCUUAUUUCAAAACCCUAAUUUCUUGAGCAAGUUCCGCAAUAAUUUCAUAUCUAUUCCUCACUCUUACUACAAUGAUACAUCACUCCUCCUAAAUCAGGUUAUGUAUAAUCAUAAUAAUAGUCAAGUUUAUUCCUCUAUGCAUUCACUUUUUGGUGAGAAAUAUGAGAAUAGACUCAAAUUAGAGUUUCCAAAUCCAUUUCAACAGGAGGAUCCUUUCUUUAAUAUUUUGUGUUGUGGUAGUAUUACUGGAAUUCUAUGUCUUUCCCAACAUGACAAAGUUAUAUUGUGGAAUCAAACUACCGAUGAAUUCAAAGUCAUUCCUCCAAGCUCUGCUGAAUCAUCUGUACCACCUCAUUGGGACGCUUUUACGUUUGUCUACGGAUUUGGUUAUGACCAUGUAAGUGAUGACUAUAAGAUUAUUAGGGAUGUAUCUUUUUAUGAAAUAACUGAUCAAAAUCGUCUUCCUUCCGAUGUGCAAUGGGAAGAUGUGUGGUCGACGAGCCAAACAUACUAUGAACCCUUGUGGGAGAUUUAUAGCCUUCGAUGUAACUCUUGGAGGAAAAUUGAUGUCGACAUUCCUAGAGAUUGGGAAGUCUCUGCAGAGAAUGGAUUGUUCAUGGACGGAAUAUGUCAUUGGUUCUCUAGUUGUAAAAACAAUGGUGAAGAUGAACAUUUCUUAGUGUCAUUUGACUUGACCAAUGAGGUGUCUUUUGCAACACUCAUACCCUUAGACUUAGACAUAGAUGUCAAUGAAAAAUGUAAUUUAGUUGAGCGACAAUUGAUCAUGUUAAAUGGGUCAAUUGCUUCGAUCUCAUGGUAUUUACAUACAUCUAUUUUUCACAUAUCAGUUUUGGGCGAACUUGGUGUGAAGGAAUCAUGGACUAAACUCUUUGUUUUUGGACCUUUGCCUUACAUUGAGUAUCCUAUUGGUGCUGGGAAGAAUGGUCACAUAUUCUUCAGUAAAAAAGAUGGAGGACCACCAGUCUACUUUGAUUUAAUUACCCAAAUGAUUGAGGAACUUGGUGGUGUCAAAGGAGCGCAUUAUUCUCAAGUAAUAAUUUAUAAGGAAAACCUUCUUUCGAUUGGAGGAAUAAAUCACUAGUUGGUUUUCUUUUGUCAACUAAGAGAGAUUUUUUAUUAGGUUUAUUAGGAUAAUUUCAUCUUGUAUAAUAAAAAGGGGUUUUUCAAUCACCCAUAUCAUAAUAGUGAUUAUGAGGA